AUGGUCUCUUUAAUCUUCACAUAUAAAGGUCAACUAUUUGAGAGAAGUAUUCCUGAGAAUGAAUUUUAUGUAGGGAUUUUGAAAGAAAUGAUUGAGGAUUUUUUCCAUGUUACAGACCCAUUCCAUACUAUGGAUGUCCAAUGGUUAAGUGGACCAGGUCAGUGGGGGCACAUAAGAGAUGAAAACGAUUUUCAGCUUAUGUUAGGUUGUGGACACCCAUAUUUUCAUAUUUUCAUUUAUGAAAAUCAAACUAAUGAGAACAAUACCGCUGUCAGUCAAUCUCAAGUAAAUUCAUUGAGUUCCACUGAUUUUUAUGAGAUUAACUCUCAGGAUGGAGAAGUACUGUCUUCUGAUGAGGGGGAAGUUAAAAAUAAAUACGAUAAAGAAACUAAGUUUAAUGUUGAUACUUUGAAGGAAACACUGAUUGAUUUAAGGAGACGUGUUGCCUAUUUAGAGUUUGUACAUGAAAAUGAAGAGGAACACGAUGAUGAAGAAUCUGCAACUUUCAAAGAAGUUACAGUCAACCAAGAAAAUACCACCAAUAAAACGAAAAUUGUUCCGUUAUUGAACGAAAGUUCUAACAUUAUCGAAUUGAAUGUUGGGGAUGACAAAAACAUCCUGGAUUUUUUCAAAACAAAUAAUUGUCCUUCUACCUUAAAAUUUAUCUAUGAUUCUUAUCAAUUUUCUCAAGUCCUUAGAAAAUACCCAGAAAGUGUUGAUGUUAGAGUGACUUUUUUUCCUGCAGCUAGGGAUAUUUAUUUUGUUUGUGAAGGUUACAACCUUGAUGGAAUGACGCUAAUGUUUUGGAAUGAGGAAUCUUUAGCCAAGAAUGACUCAAUCAGAGUCGGGAUACCUUCUUCAAACUUUGUUAAUGUCCAUGUCUGUAAGAAAAGAAGGUGUUUUAUUAAUGAUGAACUAUUUAAUAUUGCAAUUCUUAAUGAUCAACAACAUGUUAUUUUUAAAGGGGAGGGCGAUGGCCAAUCACUCAAAUACAGAUGCACAUUGAGAAGAAGAGAUACUACUCCGGUACCAAAGAGCUUGAUAUAUAGGUUGAGAAGUUCUUUCCCUUGUCCUUUUUAA